AUGGAAGAGAAUAUUUUAUUUGAACUCUUAAAAGGUGCAAAAGAUCUUACUGGGCAGCCUGAAACAAGCAUCCCCAUAAAAUUAGACUCUGGUGAGGCAAAGAGAAGCCUAGAGGCCGCACACAAGUCUCGCCAUAUUAUACAAGCUGUGACUGUUAGUGCCAAGCAAAAGUGGCAGCAACAUCUAAUACAAACCAACAACUACAAGGGCUGUAUAUCUGCUGCUCACAAAGAACUCAACAGUGUUUGCCAUAAAAUCAGAUGA